AUGUUUUCCAGACUAUCAACAGUGUGCCUGAGAGCACGCUCUGCUCAACCAAUUUACAAACCGCUUUUCAGGCCAUGUAUAGAUCGGGUUACUUCAGACUUGGCGCAAAGAUGCGCUUUUUCAACUUGUCUACCACGAGCAGCUACAUUGAAUCAAAUCAAAAGAGGCGUUGAACCACCGCAGCGUAAGAAAGUUUCUGUAUCGCCAGAUCUCGAGAGAUGUCCAAUCCGUAAGGGUGUAGUUCUCAGGGUAAUGGUGCUGAAACCCAAGAAGCCCAAUUCUGCUCAACGCAAAGCGUGUAGAGUGAGACUUACGAAUGGCAACAUCGUUUCCGCAUAUAUCCCGGGCGAGGGCCACAAUGCCCAAGAACAUAGCAUUGUUUAUGUACGUGGGGGUCGUUGCCAAGACCUGCCGGGUGUCAAGUACCACUUGGUCCGUGGUACAGGUGAUCUGAGCGGCGUAGUAAACAGAGUCACCUCGAGGUCCAAGUAUGGUGUCAAGAAACCUUCGAAGAGCGAAUAG